AUGCGUCAAAUAGGUGUUUAUUAUAACCAUUACAACAACACUAACAACACAACUGACACUAACAACAUUUCUAUAAAUUUACAUAAUGAUUAUUUAGAAAAACAAAACAUGCAUCAAAACCUUAGCAUUCAAACAUCCUUUGAACAACAACAAAACAACAAAAACAAAAUGUUUAUUCCAGCUAGUUCCUCUUCUUCUUGUUCAACAUUUUCUUCUUCUCCCUCUGUUUCUCCCAACCCUUAUAUGAGCCCCCCUGUUUUAAGAAAGGAAAUGGAGCAGGAUUGGGGGGAUGUUGAGAAGGAGAGUAACAAUGUUGAUGUUUUUGUUAGAAUGCCUAAAUUGGAGCCUGAAGUAUUGGUUGAGGACAAUGAUGAUAAUAAUGACGUUGUUUUCUUUCCUACAAAAACUACAAAUGAGUCAUCGGAAUUUAACGAUAAAAGUCCCCAUCAUCAUAUUUUUCUCCAGCCAUCAUUAAAUUCUUCUUCAAAAUUCUUCAAUUUAUCAUCAGAUAUUUCUUCUUCCUCAAUUUGCUCAACAAAAACAAGUAGCGGUAUUUGGUCAUCUCCAACAGAACAACAACCUCUUCUAAUAUUCUCCAACAAAAUUUCCAAAAAAGAAAUUCAGAAAAAUAUGAAGGAAAAGGAAGAAAAAAUAAAUAAAAAUGGAAAAACUAGCUUAAAAAAUAUUAAAAAAGAGAAGAAGGAACUAGGCAAGGAAGAGGUUGAGAUGAAGCCUAAAAGGAAAUAUGUUAGGCGUAAAGUAAAAGAUUUAGAAGAGGGAAAGGAAGUGAAGGAAGAAAAGGAAGAAAAAUUAAUUAAAAGAAGAAGAAGAAAAAAUCUUCCAAAAGAAGAAAAUUUAGAAAAAGAAAUUAAAGAAGAAAUCAAGGAGGAAAGUGUAGAGAUUAAAGAAAUCAAAGAGGAAAUUAGAGAAAAAGAGGAAGAAAACAUUAUUGAAAAAGAAAAUAAACUUGAAAGAAGAAAAAAGUUGGAAAAUGUUGUUGGAAAAAAGAAUUGUAAAACAAGUUGCAAAACAAGUUUGAAAAUAGGCUGCAAAACAGGCUGCAAAACAAGUUUGAAAGCAAGUUGCAAAACAAGUUGCAAAACAGGCUGCAAAACAAGUUUGAGAGAUAAAAGAAAAACAAAUGAGAAUGUUCAGAUUAAUUCUGAUUUAAAUGUUUUGAAAGGUACUAGUAUAAAAAGGGAAAUAAAAAGUUUAGAUGUUUCAGAAGCCGUUGGGGAGAAGCAGGCGUAUUUAAUGAGGUUGAGGAACAGAAAAGAAGAGGAGAAGAAGAAAACUUACAAAAGAAGUAAAUUAGAAGAUAACGAAAAAUUAAUUAUUCGAAGAAGGAAAAGGAAAGCUUUGUUAUUGGCAAAUUUGAAACUUUCGGAAAUUUCGCCAGAUAAAAGGGUUGGAGGGGAGAGACGGAGCUGUCGUCACCCUCAUAUUUCUCGAAAGAUGGUUUUAUUCUCUUCAUCUUCCUCAGCUUCCCCAUCACCUUCUCGGGCCAAAUUGUUACCCAAACCAAUUUCAAAACCCCCAAAACCUUUAAAUACUCCAACUUCAACCAUUCCAACCUUCACUUGUCAACCUUCUCAAUUUGCUUCAAAUUGGCGCCCUAUGGGCUUAGGUGUUCUCAAACAAUUGCCACUACGUCGUCUUCCUGAUUCCAACGAGGAAAAUGUUAAACAAUAUUUUUGUUUUAAUUCAAUUCGGCAUAAAUCGGAAUCUGAAGUUUAUAUAAAAUUGGGGGAUUGUGUACUGGUUAAUUCGGCUGAUUUCGAGGAGGACAUUUUUGUGGGCAGAGUUCUAUCUAUUCAUUACGAACCUAGUGAGCGCUCUUUACUCCUCACUCUCCUAUGGUUUUAUACUGGAAAACAACUUCCUUCUUUGCGUCUAAACAAUUCUGGCCCUUCCAACUUUGAAGAUGAUGAAUUAUUUGCUUCAAAACAUUUAGAUCAAGUAAAUGCAGAUUCUGUACAGGGAACUACGCGUGUUUUAACCUUUUCGGCAUAUUGUCGAUACAAAGCCCAAUUAGCUUUGGAACGCUUACCAGCUGCUAGAAGGCCUCCAAAUUGGGCACGUCCUUGCCCUAGAUUUAAACAAAAUGUAGAGGAGGAGGAAGUGGAUGAUUUAAUGAAUGAUAGUAAUACUACACAAGAUACGGUAUUCUUUUGCCGAAGCAUUUUCUCAAUAUACUCGAAACGCGUCCGCUCCAAAUUCCUACAAUUAAAUACUCGCAGCAGUGCUGACAUCAAAAAACCAAACGGGUCAUUAACAACAAAAAGUGUUUUACGGGCUCGUAGAGCGCAAUCCUAA